CAAAGAUGCCUGGAGAUUUCGUUUUUCGUUUGGGUGUAGGAUAAGUAUUUCCCAGAUUGCACUUCAUGCGUUCUAUAGUCAUUUGUGUGUGAAGUAUGAUUCUGUUUAGGUCAUGGAUCAUUUUGGGCUACCUGUUCAGGACAAAUGUGUACUGUGGACCAAACAGGGAACUGAUUCCGCUGGAAGCUCCAGCAAACUUGACCUUUAUAGACUUCGAUGACAGGGACGUCUUGAUCAAAUGGGACUCUGUAGAUCCAGCGUCGGUUAGAGGAACUUUUCGGGGGUACCUCAUAAGGGUUUGGAACCAUGCGCUUAGCCAAGUGUAUGCUAUUCCGCCAGAUGUCACUUCUACAGCAAUUCAGUUUUUCCCUUAUUCGAGAAACUUUAUCACUGUGGCUGUGAGGAAUGAUAAAUAUGUUGGACCAAGGAGUCAAGCGAUCAGCUUUGAAGCACCACAGACAGAGCCAAACAUGCCCCACCUGUUCGAGCACUACCCCCUAGGGAACCACUCAGUACUGCUCCAAUGGAGCGUCCCCACUCAACCUAAUGGAGUCCUGAUUGGAUACGAUGUUUACUGUGCCGAAAUGCGAGGAGACGAAGUGGACGAGCGAAGUACCAUUAGGUACUUCGUGACAGGCUCAGAGAAUUUGCAGGCCAAACUGACAGGUCUUAAGGCGGAGACCAAGUACUAUGUUCAAGUUGCGGGGGUCAACUGUGCUGGAGAAGGCGACAGGAAGGCCAUUGAGGUAGAGUUAGAGCCCCACGAACCUUACCCUCCGUCGAUGCCCUCGUUCAAGUACAAAAUCGACUACAAUCUGACCGACAAAGAGGAACAGAACAGAAAAAAGUGCAACAGGACGAGAUUGCAGAACAGUUUUCAAGAUUGGGAGGACUCCUGGGUAUUGGGCAAUGGGGAGAAAGGAAAGAUUGUUACUGUUGGAUCCAAAAAAGAAUGGUCCCACACAAGUUGUUUGGUCAACACAAUGAUCAAAUGGAUUCCAGAUGUGACCAGCGACAACCCAGGCGAGUACUUUUACGUCAAGUACCGUAUCAAGGGCGAUCCUGAGUACAUAAAAUCCACACCGCAGUUCGAUGAGGACUACAUGAUUCUGGAAAACUUCAACGCCUGUGUUAACUAUGAGAUCAUCUUGAUAGCCGUGGAUGGGGAAUACGAAACUGAAAGCGAGAUGCAGGAAACUCCAGCUAUCAUGUUCAUGCAUCAGUAUCACCAACAUCACUGAUAUCAACUAUUUUUUAGUUUGAACACAUUGGUUAAUAUAUUUCAUCAGAAGGUACCUAAUUCAAUAUGCGUGUCGAUCACAGUAUUUAGGCGCCAUCGUUGCCACCUUUUGCCGCAGGCUAUGGGACAGUGUUGCUGUAACCUCUUGUACACAAAAAACAAUAUAGGGAAAACGGUAUAAGGGAUGUGCGUAUACAAUUGUGUGCUUAUGUAUGACUGGUAUGAGGCCUAAAACUACAUAGACUAUGUUACACAGCAUUCAUUUUUUAGCUUUAAAUUUGGUUCCAGCUCUUUCUCGGUAAAGAGUGGAAAUAUCUGAAUUAAUUUAAAAAGACGUGGAAAACACUUUAGGUAUUUCGGUAAAUAAGAUACCAUUUCGGUAGAAAUACCGAAAAAUCGGUAGGUACGGCAACAGUGCUAUGGGAUUUCCUCUUCCGUUGCUGACAAAUUCUGAGAAUAAUAAUAAUAAUAAUAAUUUUUAGAGAAUAAACAAUUGGAAGGUUAAAGGGAGAUCCUUAAAUGGAAAAUGAAAUCUGUUUUUGUUACUACUAAGGAAAUUACUGCUAAGUGAACGUCCAAAUACAACAUACGAUCGGGCACCUUCUGGAGAAUACUAUAACCAGUGGUUUGAGUUUACAGUAACUAUUUUGGAAUAACACUAAUAAUUUUCGAUUAUUGGAUUGUAUGAUGUCAUAAUUUAUGGUACUGAGAUGUUAUUUUAUAGUUCUAAUUUGUUUUUAAAAAGAUAUAAAUAAAACGUUUUCAGAAAACAAUUGACAUAAUUUUUGGUAUUCAUUCUUUCCUACGUACUCUAAUCUGUCGACAUAUAGCUGUCUGUUCAGACACCAAAGUCAUUGAGACCCUUG